CACUCCCCGCUGCUCCCUCCCCUCCCUCCCUCCCUCCCUCUCCCUUUCUCUUUUCCAUGGCGUUCUCCGACGAGAUGGCGGCGGCGGCGACGUAGACGGGUGCACCCGGCUCGGCAGGGGAGAAGAAGGCGCCAUUGGAAGCUCGGAGGCCGUCACCUGCAGAUUUGAGCAGACCCCAUCCCUGGAAGCUCCUCCCUUCCCUCCCAAUCGCCUGCGCGCGGCGUUUCUCGGAACAACUGGGCCGCCUCUUGCAAUUCGACGGCCAGAAAAGUGAGGAAAAAAACCCCUCCCUUUCUUGCGGCUGUUCGUGCCGUGGAGUCGCACCAAUGCGGCCUCUCGCGCUGCUGGUUCUCGCCCACCUCGCCGCCCUCCUGGCGGUGGCGGGCGCCAAGGGCGGCGCGGCGGGGGGCGGGCUGAACGACGACGUGCUGGGGCUGAUCGUCUUCAAGGCCGACGUGUCGGACCCGGAGGGCCGCCUCGCGACGUGGAGCGAGGACGACGAGCGGCCCUGCGCCUGGGACGGCGUCACCUGCGAGCCCCGCACCGGCCGCGUCUCGGCGCUCUCCCUCGCCGGCUUCGGCCUCUCCGGCAAGCUCGGCAGGGGCCUCCUCCGCCUCGAGGCGCUCCAGUCGCUCUCCCUCGCCCACAACAAUCUCUCCGGCGACGUCCCCGCCGAGCUCGCCCGCCUCCCGGCGCUCCAGACGCUGGACCUCAGCGCCAACGCCUUCACGGGGCCCAUCCCGGAGGGGCUCUUCGGCCGGUGCCGCGCCCUCCGCGACGUCUCGCUCGCCGGCAACGCCUUCUCCGGCGACAUCCCGCAGGACGUCGGCGCGUGCGCCACGCUCGCGUCGCUCAACCUGUCCUCCAACCGCCUGGCCGGCGCGCUGCCGAGCGACAUUUGGUCCCUGAACGCGCUGCGCACGCUGGACAUCUCCGGCAAUGCCGUCACUGGCGACCUGCCGAUCGGUAUCAGCAGGAUGUUCAACCUUCGGGAGCUGAACCUGCGAGGCAACCGUCUCACUGGUAGCCUCCCGGACGACAUUGGGGACUGCCCGUUGCUGAGGUCAGUUGAUCUUGGGUCCAACUCACUGGCCGGCAAUUUACCAGAGUCCCUGCGGCGGCUCUCCACCUGCACAUACCUUGACCUGAGCUCAAAUGAGUUCACUGGGAGUGUUCCAACAUGGUUUGGAGAAAUGGCAAGCCUGGAGGUGCUGGAUUUGUCAGGGAACAAGCUCUCCGGUGAGAUUCCGGGCUCUAUUGGUGGGUUGAUGUCAUUGAGGGAGUUGAGGUUGUCAGGAAAUGGGUUCACUGGCGCCUUACCUGAAUCAAUUGGUGGAUGCAAGAGCCUAAUGCAUGUUGAUGUCAGCUGGAAUUCUCUUACAGGUGGACUGCCUAGCUGGGUCUUUGCUUCUGGCGUUCAAUGGGUGUCAGUGUCACAGAACACAUUGAGUGGGGAGGUAACAUUGCCUAUGAAUGUUUCUUCAGUGCUUCAAGGAGUAGACUUGUCGAACAAUGCCUUUUCUGGAGUUAUUCCAUCGGAAAUCUCGAAGCUGCAGAACUUGCAGUCGUUGAACAUGUCAUGGAACUCAAUGUCUGGAAGUAUUCCAGCCAGCAUUUUGGAGAUGAAGUCACUGGAGGUUCUUGAUUUGACUGCCAACCGGCUAAAUGGGAGCAUUCCAGCUGCCAUUGGAGGAGAGUCAUUGAAGGAGUUGAGGCUAGGGAAGAACUUCCUCACCAGCAAUAUCCCGGCUCAGAUUGGCAAUUGCUCUGCGCUUGCUUCACUGAAUCUUUCACAUAACAAUCUGACAGGAGCAAUUCCAGAAACUAUAGCCAACAUUAGCAGUCUUGAGAUUGUUGAUCUUUCACGGAACAGGCUCACUGGUGGUCUACCAAAGCAGCUCUCUAACCUCCCCCACCUGCAGCAGUUCAAUAUUUCACAUAACCAGCUCUCUGGGGAUCUCCCUCCUGGUAGCUUUUUUGACACAAUCCCCCUAUCAUCUGUGUCAGACAACCCUGGCCUUUGUGGCGCAAAGCUUAACUCUUCUUGUACUGGUGUGCUACCAAAACCAAUAGUGCUGAACCCAAACACCUCUUCCGAUCCAAUAUCACCAACCGAACCUGUGCCUGAUGGUGGCCUCCAUCACAAGAAAGCCAUACUGAGCAUAUCAGCCCUUGUUGCAAUUGGUGCAGCUGCUCUGAUUGCUGUCGGUGUCAUUACCAUUACUGUUCUCAACUUUCGAGUGCGUACCCCUGGAUCUCAUUCUGCUGCAGUCUUGGAACUCUCAGAUGGUUAUCUCAGCCAGUCUCCCACAACUGAUGUAAACGCAGGCAAGCUUGUCAUGUUUGGAGGAGGAAAUCCAGAGUUCAGUGCCAGUACCCAUGCUCUUUUGAACAAGGACUGCGAGCUCGGGCGUGGUGGUUUUGGCACUGUCUACAAGACCACUCUUCGAGAUGGGCAACCUGUUGCCAUCAAGAAGCUCACUGUGUCAAGCUUGGUUAAGUCUCAAGUUGAAUUUGAGAGAGAAGUGAAGAUGCUGGGCAAGCUUCGCCAUCGCAACCUCGUCGCACUCAAAGGAUAUUACUGGACACCGUCACUUCAGCUUCUUAUUUACGAGUUUGUAUCUGGGGGUAACUUGCACAAGCAAUUGCAUGAGUCAUCCACCACAAAUUGCCUGUCCUGGAAGGAAAGAUUUGAUACAGUUCUUGGUAUAGCAAGAAGCCUGGCCCAUCUCCACAGGCAUGAUAUUAUCCACUACAAUCUGAAAUCAAGCAAUAUUCUGCUCGAUGGAUCAGGCGAGGCUAAGGUGGGAGAUUAUGGGUUGGCAAAGCUACUUCCAAUGCUUGACCGUUAUGUCUUAAGCAGCAAGGUACAGAGUGCACUUGGUUACAUGGCUCCGGAGUUUGCAUGCAGAACAGUGAAGAUCACAGAGAAAUGUGAUGUGUACGGAUUUGGCGUUCUUAUUCUUGAGAUCCUAACAGGGAGGACACCAGUGGAGUACGUGGAAGACGAUGUGAUUGUGCUGUGCGAUGUGGUAAGGGCUGCUUUGGAUGAAGGAAAGGUGGAAGAGUGCGUUGAUGAGAGGCUCUGCGGGAAAUUUCCACUGGAGGAGGCUGUUCCUAUCAUAAAACUUGGUUUGGUCUGUACUUCUCAGGUUCCUUCUAACAGGCCGGACAUGAGCGAGGUGGUGAACAUCUUGGAGCUGAUCAGAUGCCCCCAGGAUAGCCCAGAGACCGAAUUAGGUUAAAGCCCUACCUACAUUGUCUCCCAGUUUGUUGGUUUUUAUUUUUUGAGAUCCUUCUGUGCUUGGUAACUAAUCAGAUGAUGAAAGAUGGAGGGAGUUCUAUUCUAUCUAGUGUGCUUAGAUGAUAAGAACGAAUUGUGAAGCGUCUAGCUAGUCUUUUGAUGGUUAGGGAAUUAUGUAACGUGUGCAAUAGUUUCACGGCCUCCCGGGGUGUUGAUGUGUUUGACUUAGAUCCUCAUCAGUAAGGUGUAUGGUGUGGAUCCUCUCACAUCAGUCCUGGUGGCUUCUUUGCAAGAUCACUGUAAUUUCAGCUUCGGUUAUAUGCAAUUUGGUGCAGCUUGCCUGUGCUCUGCUCUCCUAUAUUAUUAUGAAA